ACAUCAGUAUUUCUUUGUAAAUUUGACUUUAAUCAAGUAAUCAUUUUAAUUACGACCGAUAUAGAAAAACGAGAGGAAGACAGUAAAUUAGUAGAUUAUCAGUGUUUGAAACUAGAAAAUAGAAUUUAG